UAUGUCAUUUUGGUGAAAAGUACAGCCAAAAUAAAAUAAUAAUGCAUACUCUAAUUUUGUGGCUCAUAGUUGGCAUCCUACUCGACCCGGGCACAAGGAGGUGGGCCGGUUCCGGUUCAACCACAGUCGCCAUGGUGCCGCCAGAUCCAAUUCAAUGCAAGGACCAGACCGGCUGCAUUCUCUCCAACUCCUACGGUAUCUGGGGAGACCGAAAGGACUGCCAUGUUCUAAACGUCACGUACCCAAAAACCGAAGAGGAGAUUCGGUUGGCCGUGGCCCAUGCAAACAGGAACAAACUCAAGGUCAAAGUGGUGUCCAAAUUCUCACACACCAUACCAAAACUGGCCUGCCCGGCCGCCGGACCAAAUUCCCUCAACUCUUUUCUUAUUAGUACCCAAAACUAUGAUUCCGGGAUCGAAAUCGACACGAAGAAUCUGGCGGUCACGGUGGAGUCCGGCGUCGGACUGCGGCGGCUGAUAGAUGAAGUUGAGCGAGUUGGACUGAGUUUGGUGGCUUCACCGUACUGGGAAGGCGUUAGUGUUGGUGGGCUUAUUAGUACUGGGGCACAUGGGAGCUCUUGGUGGGGAAAAGGUGGGGCCGUACAUGACCAUGUUAUUGGGGUUAGUAUGGUUGUUCCAGCCAAACCAUCAGAAGGGUACGCAAAGAUCAUCAAAAUAGAAGCCAGUGAUCCACUCCUUGAUGCAGCCAAAGUUUCUUUGGGAUUGUUGGGUGUUAUCUCUAAGGUAAAGUUCUCCCUAGAGAAGGGGUUUAAAAGAAGCAUAAGCUAUAACUUCACGGACGAUGGUGGCAUUGAGGACACAUUGUUGGACCAUGCAAAGAAAUAUGAAUUUGCAGACAUAACUUGGUAUCCAUCAAGGCAUAUAGCUGUAUACAGAUACGACAAUAGAGUUCCUUUAAAUGCCUCUGGAGACGGCACCUUCGAUUUCAUAGGUUUCCAGCCUAAUUCUGUCGUUAUCUCCAAAACCAUUAGAGCAACAGAAAAAACACUAGAAAAUUCUGGAAACUCAAAGGGAAAAUGCACAAUGGCAACGACGGUGGUGGGUUACAAAAAACUUGUGGCUAAUGGUUUGAAGAACGGAUUAAUCUUCACGGGCUACCCCGUAGUGGGUCCUCAUGCCAAAAUGCAAACCUCCGGCUCAUGCCUCUACUCCACGCGAAACGACAUCUCAUGUGCUUGGGAUCCAAGAAUAAACGGCCUCUUCUUCUACGAAACGACAGCCAUUUUCCCUGCUUCGGUCUUCAGAGGCUUCAUAAACGACGUCAAAAAACUGAGGGACCUAAACCCAGUAGAAAACUUUUGCGGGGUCGACGUUUACAACGGUUUUCUCAUACGCUUCAUUAAGGCAUCAACGGCUUACCUCGGUCAACCCGUUGACUCCGUUGUCGUUGACUUCAACUACUACCGGGCGAACGAGGCGUUGACUCCGAGGCUUAACCAAGACGUGUGGGAAGAGGUUGAACAAAUGGCCUUCUUUAAGUAUGGAGCGAAGCCCCAUUGGGCUAAGAAUCGGAACUUGGCGUUUCUUGGUGUAAAGGAUAAGUACCCGAGUUUUGGUAAGUUUACUGGGAGAAAAAAGGAGUUGGACCCUGGGAACAUUUUCUCGAGUGAGUUUUCUGAUGAGCUGUUGUUUAGGAGCCGAGAAAGUAGUACUGAGAAAAGAGAUGGGUGUGCUUUGGAGGGACAGUGUGUAUGUACUCAAGAUCGCCAUUGUAGACCUGAUAAAGGGUAUUUUUGUCAACCAGGGCUCGUUUAUAAGGAGGCUAGAGUUUGUAGGUUUGCUCACUCGUCUGUGUUCUAACACGAACGAUCUAUAUAUAUAUAUAUAUAUAUAUAUAUAUAUAUUUAUGACCUCAAUAAUAAUUAUUUUUCUUUUUUCCAUCGAAAGACCAUUCUCAUUAAUAAAGUACAAAAAGUGUGUAUACACAAGGAAGAAAUUAUUAGUUAAACUCAUUAAGGAAGGAAGUAAAUUUGAAUUAUUUUAUCAUUGUGAAGCUGAUAAUAUAUCUUAUAAAAUGUAUAAAUACGAAUAAUAAUUAAUAUAAAUAUUUUAGAAUA